AUGAUGACAGGAGACGUGAAGACGGACUCAGAGACGGAUAAAGUGACGACGCUGGCUGCAGAUGUGCGAGCGUUGAAGCAGCUUUUCCAGUUGCGCCAGGAGCGAGCAGAACUGGAGAAACAGGUUGAAACGUUGAUGCAGCGUGCCAAACUGUCGGGAUUGUUUCAGACUACGGUGCGCACAGGACGCAAUCAGGCUUCGCUGCUACGACGCAGAGAGAUCAGCUGGCGGCAUGACACUCAGCUUCCUCCUGCGUACGUGUACAGCAGGAUCCGGCGGCUGAAAACACUCAGCGGACACUUACAGAUCCAGGCGUACUGUCUAGCGUACGAUAAGCUGGGCAAAGUGGUCAUUACUGGAUCUGAUGAUAGGUUAGUGAAGAUCUGGUCGCUACGGACGGGGGAUUUACUGUUUACGCUGCGAGGACACGUCGGGAAUAUCACGGAUCUGGCGGUAAAUCACUCAAAUACGCUGCUAGCCUCGUCGUCCGAUGAUAAAACUGUUCGAGUGUGGGAAAUUAGUACGGGCGCUCCAGUCGCAGUCCUCGUGGGGCAUUCUAGUGUCGUGAAUGCAGUACGCUUCCACCCGAAGAAGAAUAUUAUCGUCACAGCCUCGGACGACGGACGUUGUUUCUGUUACAAAGUGCCGGAGAUCCCGCUCGUGGAGCAGCCGGAAACAAAAAUCGAGACUGCUCGGAGAUUGUAUGCGCUGAAUGCCUACAUGUUGAGUUUGCAUCCCAUUUACGCCAUGAAACACGCUCGUCGAGAGGGAGUGCGGUCGUGCAAAGUGCACUGCGUCACGUUUAGUCGAUGUGGAGAUUUUGUGGCCUCUGGGGGUCACGAUGGAACUGCGCGUGUGUGGGAUUUAUCGAUGGCUUCAGCUCCCGAUGCGCCUGCCGUUGUGCCACGAUAUCAACCAACAGAUGAACCGCAGGAAGCGAGAUUGCCGGAGCAGCAACCAGGCGGUGAUGGACCUCAACUUCCUCCCGUGACGAUCCCCCUCAUCCCUGCUCCUGUGGCUCAGUUCUAUAAUCCAGCACCUGGAAGCUUUCAAACCCCUCUGGGACAGCAACCCCCUCUAGGUUCUGGCCAACCACCAUUGCUACCCCUAGCGCAGCUUCCAGCUCUUGCACCGUUGCUGCUUCCACUGCCACCGCAAGUACCAAAUCAACUUCAGAAUGGUGCCGAUGUGCCUUUGCCUACAGUUGCGGAGGAGUUGCAGCGCGAGGCGGCACCACGACCAACACAGCCUCCACAGGUGCAGAACGAUCUUCCGUCUUUGUCUCUGUCUGACGACGAUGUGCCUAGCAUUGAGCCCAUUGCAUUGCUGAAGGGGCAUAAAGGCCCAGUGUCGAGCAUUGCAUACAACCAUCGGGGUGACCGGAUUGUAACUGCGUCCAUCAAGGACAGCGCGGCGCGGAUUUGGAAGUGGAAGCGCAAGUACAAGAGCUUGUUCGGCACUGUUCUAUUGGCGAACGAGUCGUCAGCAGAGUACGACGACAUCUCUGCUAUGUACGGAGUCCGCGGUCGGAAGAAGCCCACUCCGGUUGUGGAUAUGGUGGCAUGGACGCAUGACGACAAGCGACUCAUCACUCUUCACAGCGUCAAACUUAACUCCGAGUCCGCAGAUUUAACCUGGGAACAAAGGAUACGAGUGUGGGAUCCGGAAAGCGGCAAGCUGUUAAUGACGCUAGGUGCGAUCGACAAGGAGAAGAAGAACGGGCACGUGAAUGCAGCGUUUGCGCUGAGCACACACCCGACCGAUUGGCGUAUCGUGGUUACAGCAGGGUAUGAUGGCCGGGUGUUCUUGUGGGAUAUCUCGUCGGGUCGAAUGCUCAAGUCGUUCACGAAUUUGUCGUCGGAUUCAAAGCCUCUUUCCAACCUCGAUGGUGGCUUUACACCGGAUGGCAGUGGCUUUUGCUUCACGGAUCAAAUCGGUCGGCUGCUUAUCUUUGGUACAGGAUCAGGGGAGCAGUACGCGACGACUCCAGUGCAGCAAUACUUCUUGCAUGAUUAUGUCAUGCUAGUCACCGAUAGUCACUACAACGUGCGCGACCGGGAGACUCAAGAAUUACCGAGUUUGAUGGACUCUGGUCCCCUGAUGGAUGCCUCUUUGGUUCAGUAUCCACACCAGCCACCGCAUCGGUUGCCCAACCAAUUGCUCACUCCGAAGGAGUACGCGGAAAAUCGACGACUGCGGAUCCAGCAGAGCAAAGAAUCAGAAAUCCAGUGUGGAGUGCGUCACUUGCCUGAAAGUGAGGAAGAUAUCCAGUCGUUCCCUCUUGCAAUUGUGAAGAAUGAGGACAAGAAGUCUUCGCAGGGACAUGCAAGCUAUGCUGCUGACGCUAUGGCGCUAGCUAGAGCUUCUUACAGACUAAGUGGCGCCCCAGUGAUGAUAUCAGAGCUGCGGCGUCGGAGUUCUGGAUCCAGGAGACACGCAGACCCCCGGCGGCGACGUCAAAGACCUGCAGAAGAGCGAGACACUUCAGUGCUCGAGAUUGAAAUUUCCAGUGAGGACGAUCGAAGCGACGAAGACUUUCAGGUCCCAACACCGCGUCAUGCUGCUGAGGACGAAGAGGACGAAGAAGAUGAAGACGAGGACGAACUUGAUCUGGACGAAGAUGAUCUGCUUAGCGAUAAUGAGGAGACUGUGAUAUCUCCAGCCAACUCUAGACGGAGACGACUUCGUAGCACGCCAGCCCGAGGAGGCCGGAGAUUACAGUCCGACAGUGAAGGAGAGCAAGAAGACACGCCUCGUCAAUUGCGGACCCGAAGAAAUGCGGCCAGACGGUCGAGACUGGUUUUGGAUAGCGACGCAGAAGAGGAAGGUGGGGAUACUCCUGGGGAUCAGCGAAGUGAUGCUGGGGGUGAGAGGGAAGCUCGUAAUCGUAACGACCGUGGUGAAGUCGUGGUGGAGUCGAAUGAUGGCAUCAUCAUGGGCGACAAUCAGCUCGAUCGAUUCGAUCAAAGCAUGACGUACACUCAAAUGCUUGAAGCGAAACGAGCUCAGCUUGGAGCAGCACCAAUUCCAGCCGAAAACACUGACGAGGCGCUGAUCCCGUGUGCUUUUUGUGGCGUUGGAGAUGACGACGGGAUGCUUAAACUACCUGGAGACGGUCUGGGCACCCAUCCGUUGAUUUUUGGAGUUCAGAGGGUUUUUGUGCACGAUCAAUGUGCGAUUGCAUCUCCGCUGUGUUUCAAUCGUGAUGGGAACUGGUAUAACGUGACCAGAGAGAUCCGUCGCGGGCGCUCCUUAAACUGCGUUGCGUGCACUAAACGUGGAGCAACAAUUGGCUGUACAAUCAGUGCGUGUCGUAACUCAUAUCACUGGAAGUGUGCGAUUAACUUGGGCUGGUCGGUGGAUCAGAUGCAUUUCUUCUGUCCAGAUCACCAAUCGCGACCUGCGCAACGAAAUCGACACGAGGAAGCCCGCCAAAGCACUGCAGAAGACGGAGGAGCGAUCACCGAGCCUGCUUCCAAGCGCUUUGGUCUUAAAUUCCACCGCGAAUGGUUGCAACUGGUCAGUCUGCGGUCAAUCCAUCAGUAUGUUCCGCAAGUUGGUGACUAUGUGGUGUACCUACCGGAAGGACAUCCUGGAUAUCUACGCUUCGGAGGAAUGCCGCAUCCGAGAUAUUAUGAGCGGCUGUCGAGGUUCUAUGCUGUUAAGUGUCGUGUCGUGGAUGUAAAAUAUGUUUUUCCCACUGCGGAAGAGCACGUGAGAUGCAGUACAAUCAAGUGUGAACUAUCGCUCGCUGUGCUUGCUGUGCCAACAUCUGCUGUACGUCCCACCGGGGAUAACGAGGAGCAGAAACAAGAAGAGGAGACGAAGGAAGAUGUGGCUUCGGAUACUGUGGAUCUAUUCAAUCCGGAGUCGUCCCCAUUUGCAGAAUUCACGAGCGUUGAUGAGCAGCUGACUCCUGCAGCAAGUGAGCCGUCCACACGCUUCAAUUUCAAGAUCCUGUACCACUCGAACGACGUUGCGAACUUCCUUGUGCUUGAUCACAUCUACGAGAGUGGUGUUUGUGGCAGUUGGCGUGUCGGAGAUCGUGUUCAGAUGCCAUUUGUGCAGCUUAAUGAUCAUGGUCUGGAAGAAGAAGCGAAGAUGUCGUAUGGAACGGUUCAGAGCAUCCUUCGGGAACCAUUGGCAACAAGUAGCUUGGGGGAAAUUACGCCGUGGGAGUGCGUCAAGAUUAACUGGGAUGCUCCAGACGACGAGACUUUCGCUGUGUGUCCAUGGGAGAUCGAGGCAGCAUCAGCAGAGGAGCAACGUGAGAAACGUCUGCUUUCUCUUCGUCGACGUUCGACGCGGCUUUUCUUCUCGCGAUAUAUUAUCGGUGAAAAGUGUGAGGCGCUCUUACAGGAAAUGGACCAGGUAUUGACGCUCUCAAUCUCCCGGGACUUUAUGUAUCCAGUGGACGAGGAAACGUUCAUGGACUACCCGAUUUCGAUUGCCAACUCGAUAGAUUUGACAAAGAUCCAACAGAGGCUGCGGCUCGGCUAUUACCGCCAAGUGGAGGCAUUCUUAGCCGAUGUCAAGUUAUUGAGCAUUAACUGCGAGACUUACAACAUUCCGUCCAGCGCGAUCUCUCAAAACUCGCGGAACCUGGUCUCAGCUGUCUUGACGCAAGCACAACGACACUUCCCGCAUCUCUUGCGUGAUGCUAAUCGUCGAGAAGCUGAUGGAGAGCAAGCCACUAUGAGCUUCUCGUAUCCUCCCGACGACUUCUUGACGAAUUUCAGUGAAGACCCGGAAGAAACGCAGUUGGCGCUGCUGGAAAUUGAAUUGUUGACCUCGGCACCCGAGAAUGGCAGUAGUAACGCUGCUGCGCCUGUAGCUAGUCAGAUUGAAGCUGCUCCUGCCGUGGCUCGUCCUGCUCCCACUGAUGAUGUACAGGAGGCUUCGCCACUUAGGAGAUCUCGUCGUCGGACACGUAGCAAUGAGAAUACUGUUGCAGCGGAAGAAAAGGUGGAUCACGUCGUGGAAGAGCAAGCUGAAACAACUGCAGACGCGGUGUGUCAAGUUCUUACGCCUAGUAAUAAAGGGGAUGCUGCUGUGUUCAACAGUCCCAGACAGCUUCGUAAACGAGAGGCUCCACAGCCGCAACUUCUGUCGCCUCGUACGCGUCGCUCACCUCGAGUAGUAACGACCCCGUCAGCGACUGGGGCAGGCUCUGCACGAAAGCGACAGCGUAGAAAUCCCGAUCAAGAACUCUUGACGUAUUCAGCGCUCAUGAACAAAUACUCGAUCAAAAAUCGCGAACUUAUUGAGCGUGCGUGGAAGGAAGAUUUGAGAUCUGUCCUCAUGGUUUUUCACGAGGCUCUCACGGAAGCCGACGAGUCGGACAUCUUUGCUACACCUGUGACGGAUGACGUCGCCCCACGGUAUUCGGAGAUCAUUCCUCGCCCAAUGGACUUUGGCACGAUAAACGACAAGCUGUGCAGGUACAGGAGCUUCCGCGACUACUUCGCUCACGUCGAACUGGCUUUCUCGAAUGCAAUCACGUACAAUGGCUGGGACUCCUUCAUCGGUGGACUGGUGGAGGAUUUACAGAAGUACUGCGUUAAGUUCCUGCUGGACGCGGCGGAGAAACCUGCCGCUGCCUCCGAGGACGACGAAGAUAGCUGGUCCAGCAGCUCUUCAGAAAGCGAAGAAGACGAAGAUGACGAGGAUGAGGAAGAAGAGCUCACUGAUGAAUCGGAUUAUGAUGUUGGAAGGAAACGCCGACUGCGGCGACUUGCUCCCAAGAGCAAGAAGAAGAAGGCCAAACGGCGCUACUAA